CCUAUUUAGGCGGCCGUUUGCUAACACCAUGUGCCUAUGAUGUGCCCAUGAGGUGCCGGCGGGGUCAUGCAUAACUUCAUGCGUUUUUCGGCACGACUUUUUUCACGGCUACCGAAGAGCGAUCUUACGUGCACCACUGUUGGAUUGAUGCACGAGAACAGCUGUCUUCCGUGAUUUGCAUUACUGCUGUGUGGACGUUGCCCUGAGGGGUGCUCGCCGAUCCCGAGUGUUGUGGUUGAGCAGUCACCGCGAUGGAAUUCCAAGACGACGCGAAAAUUAGCAGCGCUCCCGAGGGCCUCCGGAGCGAGAUGUUUCGUCCGGAGGAUUUUCGAGAGAGCAGAAUUCUGGCGAACGAAACCGGCAUGGACCGUCUGAAGGCUAUGUUCGAUAUGAGUAAUGGCUUUGGACCGGAGCUAUCACUGGUGAAGUCUGCAGGUUUAUAUACUGCGAGCACAGGGGCCCUUAUCGGCGGGUGGUACUAUGCCAGGACUGCUAGGGACAACUACAUACGCAAGAACCAAGGAACUGCCUUCAUCAACCCUAAGCAGGCAACGGUGGGUGUACCAGCAGUGCACGUUCCCAAGGGAGCUCCAAGAUGCGAUGUUCCUGGCAUUCGGCAAGGGCGCCUGGAAACUCGGCUGGAGGAUGAUGGUCUUUUCAACGAUCUACAUGGGUGUUGCGGUGGCAGGGUUCACGUACAGAAAUAAAUUUGGCGUCGCCGAGCAUGUUGCUGCUGGAACCCUUGCAGGCUUUGUCUACAAACUCAACAUGGGGGUUCGUGGCUCACUUGUAGGCGCUGGGCUUGGAAGCCUACUCGGGCUUGUAUCGGGUGCUACGCUGAGUGUGGCAACCAAGGCGAUGGGGAUAACAGUGCCGGAGUUUCGGUACUGGCAGCACGACUACUGGAUGAAGGAGUACAGUGAAAAGAAGGCAUUAUGGCAGAAAGAACAAGCAGCGAAAGGCUCGAAUGCAUCAUAAGGCCACUACAGAAAGCUUCAGACAGAAGACUUUGUAUAGGUGUUUAGUUAAAAUUGUGUAUUAAAAGUUAUUGUACCUAUAA